CAGCCCCGCCCCGCGACCAAGAUGGCGGCGCCCGCAGGAGGCGGCCUGGCCGCGCUGGUGAGCGGGCGGAAGAGGGGAAGGGGCGGCCGGGUUGCCAUGGCGGCGACGUCUCGCCCCCCCGCCGCCGCUUCCUCACCGGCUCUCUCUCUCUCUUUCUCUCUCUCUCCCCCCUUGCAGGGCGCCCAUGAAGCCGCCGCCGCAGCCGCCGCCCUCUCGCUGCCGGCCGAGGCCUACGGGAACGACGUGAGCCAGGGGCCGGGUGGGGAGCGGGGGGCGGGCCGGACCCUGGCGGGGACACAGGGAGCAGCCUGGGACCUCCCCCUCCUCUCUCUUUCUCUCUUUGCAGCCCACCGUGGAGAUGAUCUGGGCCAUGAAGGCCCACCAGCACGCCGAGGUCUACUUCAACGUGAGUCCUAUGGGCGGAGGGGGGGCAAGAGGGGGGGCUCCCCGCCGGGGGGACCCUCUGCCUUGCUAGGCCACAGGAGGAGGAGGAGGAGGGGAGCCGGCCCUGCCUUUGGAGGGGACAACGAACCCGACACUGCAUCGCCCCUAAAUCCGGUCGUAUUAAUUCGUCUUACAGUGGUACCUCUGGUUACCUACUUAAUUCAUUCAUUCUGGGGGUCCGUUCUUAACCUGAAACUGUUCUUAACCUGAAGCACCACUUUAGCUAAUGGGGCCUCCUGCUGCUGCCGCGCCGCUGGAGCACGAUUUCUGUUCUCAUCCUGAAGCAAAGUUCUUAACCCGAGGUACUAUUUCUGGGUUAGCGGAGUCUGAAUGAUGGAGGGCACAAGGAGAAGGGGACGGCAGAGGACGAGGUGGUUGGACAGUAUUCUUGAAGCUACCAGCACGAGUUUGACCAAACUGCAGGAGGCGGUGGAAGACAGGAGUGCCUGGCGUGCUCUGGUCCAGGGGGUCACGAAGAGUCGGACACAACUAAACGACUAAACAACAACAAAGAGUCUGUAACCUGAAGCGUAUGUAACCCAAGGUACCACUGUAUUUGUUUACAACCCUUUGCCGUAAGGUCCCAGGGUGGAUUCAAACACAAUACAGUGGUACCUCGGGUUACAGACGCUUCAGGUUACAGACUCCGCUAACCCAGAAAUAUUACCUCGAGUUAAGAACUUUGCUUCAGGAUGAGAACAGAAAUCGCACAGCGGCAGCCGGAGGCCCCAUUCGCUAGAGUGGUACCUCAAGUUAAGAACAGUUUCAGGUUAAGAACAGACCUCCGGAACGAAUUAAGUACUUAACCCAAGGUACCACUGUUUAAAAGCAACUUCCAAGUAUAAAUACAAGGUGACUUCAAAGAAACAUAAGCUUCCAGUGUCAAAAGACAAGGCAAAAAGGUGCAUCCUCCAAGCCCUGGAGGAUGACAUGGAGGCUCCCAGGUGGAGGAAUGGAAGGAACAGGAGAGUGGCAAAAAUGUCCCAUUUGCUUUCCUAGAGCAGGUUUUAGGCAUUUGUGGGCGGGGCGCAGCUGUGCUUCUGCCUACACAGUGCCUGUGUGUGCUCAAGCACACUUAUUUAUUGCAUUUAUAACCACCCUUUUUUCUCCAAGAAACUCAAAGUGGUGCUCAUGGUUCUUUCCCCCCUCUUUGUUUAAGCCCCACGUAGGUUAGAUUGAGAGGCAGCGAUGGCCCACCCCCAAGCUUUCCCAGUGAGCUUCAUGACAAGCAGGGAUUUGAACCCUGGUCUCCCAGGUCCCAGUCCUGCGGCAAAGCACACUUUGCUUGGCUCCCUUAAUUCAGUGUACACACUUGAGGGCAUCCCCACAUCCAGGUAAUUGAUGUUUGUAUGACAGCGGUGCUCUCCAGGUAGUUCAGUAGCAGGUGUUUCUGCUGGCUUUUCAACUAGCAUUGGGUAAUAUCCUCAGCAGUGACUGGUUCAUUGUAUAAAUUGAGGGCUAGUUUUUGGCUGGCUUUGGGAGCCCAGCCACUAAUUCUGAUCACCAGUUUCUCUCCCACUGGGUUAGAAAGAAUCCAAUUGCAAAAUAUCUCCUUUCUUUCCUGAGGGCUUAAUUGAUGCUCAGCAAAGGAGCUCAGAGUCCCAUGGCUGAGGAACUGUUAUGUAAGCUUCUUUUGGUCAUAGAAAGAUGUGGAGCAUGUAGGUGGGGGCAUCCACCGCAUUGUGGCCAAGAGCUCCCGUUUCCACAGGAAUGGGAGUAUUAUAAUUUUUUUCUGAUUUAGCCUUUGUGCUCUGGACACCUUGGGCAUACAGCUGCCAGCCGCCCCCAACCUUAGAGGGCAUUGGGAACAAUACAGGACAACCAUUUCCUAGCCCCACAGCUUCAACAUUUGAUGACUUUGGUGUCAAUUACAGUUGGCAGGAUUGGCCACAUAAUUGUCAAAGCCCCUUGGAGUCUGAGGUCUUGUCACCAAGUCUUUUCCUCCCAUGCUUUGUAGGUGCUUUGAGUGUGAUCCCUACAUCACAAAACUGAUGUGCAGAAGGCUUGCUUCAGUCACUUAAUGGCCUGGAUGAAAGAGUGGUGGUAGCAAUCCUGUUUUCUGUUCUUCCCACUUAACCUUGCCUACUUUCCCCAUGCGUAGCUCAUUUCUUCAGUUGAUCCCAAAUUCCUGAAACUUACCAAAGCUGACGACCAGAUCUACACUGAAUUCAGGAAGGACUUUAACCAUCUUAAGAUUGAUGUGCUCGACCCGGAGGAUCUUAAAUCCGAACCUGCUAAAGAGGUUUGUGCUGGGCGUGAGGCUUGUUGCUCUUGAGACUCUUGCGGGGCAGGAACUAACCCAAUGCUCUUCCUCCACAGAAAUGGCGUCCAUUCUGCUUGCAGUUUGACGGAGUAGUUGAGGACUUUAAUUAUGGCACACUUCUACGUCUGGAUUGCAGUAAAGGUUACACAGAAGAGAACACAGUAUUUGGUAAGGUAACUUUUUUCUGCUUUCAGUUGUGCUUCCUCUGGCCAGGUCAUAGAGCCAUAUAGCUGUGGAAUUGGAAGGGAUCCCAUGAGUCAUUUGGUCCAGCCCCCUGCAUGAGGCUGAUGCCUAGAAUGGCUUUGCUGGUCAGUCCAAGAGCAUCCUUGAUGAAGGAAAAAAGGGCCCCUUCCAACAAGCCCUCCCACUGCACACGCACCCCCCCUCCCAGUCCUUUGUUCUGCAUGUGUUUGCAGGGAAGUGUGGUGUCUUAGUUGGAAACUGAAGUGAGAUCCCCAAGUGCCAUGCCCAUCCUAAAUAAAGUUCUCUUCGCAGCAACCAGGAUCCAAUUCUUCGCCAUUGAAAUAGCCCGUAACCGAGAAGGCUGCAACAGUGUGGUCUACAACAGUGCCAAGAAAGCCAGCUCAGCCACAGAAGAGGUUAGCUCCGGGUGAGACGUUCUGCUCUCAGAAAGGGCAACACGUUCAAAAUGGACAAGGGAUCAUGGCUUUGCACCAGCAUCAACUCUAGCCGAGCUGCAGACUGUUCCUGUUUCAAGGCAGAGGUGUAAGAGCCACAGCUGCUGCUGCUGGAAUGUUGUUUAAGGUGCCAAAAUGAUCUAAAUAAUGGAUUAACUGUGACGCAUUUGUGGGCUCAGCCAAAGCAACAGACUCUGAUAAUGUCAAGAGUCCAAAUACUAUGGAAACGAACUCAACAUUAAAAGCUAAAAUGAAAAACAGCAGCAGGU